AUGCUUGCACAGUCCAACAGCGGCGCGGCGAUGCGCAACUUGGUGGAGGAAGCAGAGGCGGGGUAUGAACAGCUUGGCAAGGAGCGACGCGACGUAGCUGUGCUCAAGCUUCCCCCCAGCGACUUCGAUUUCCUCACCUCGCAGGAGAUCUCGGUAAUUCCUGUUCACGUCAUUGAGGCGCGGCGAGAGGAGCAGCGUCGCCACGGCACGGUCAACCGCGACACCUCGCUCUUCGACUUCAUUAAGGCCAUCGGCCUUGAGGAGGCAGACACCGAGGACCCUGUGAACGGGUACAGUGUCCUGCAUAUCAAGGAGUCAACGCGCGCCUACUUUGGCGAGCAGGAGGAAGAGGUAUAUCGCGUCUUUCGCAAUAACAUGAUCCGCUGUACCGAAGACUCGGACUGGCUAAAGCACAUGUCCUUCCUCAGCGGCCAGACGGCCGAUGAGUGCAAGCGGCAGCGCAUCCUUGAUCGCGGCGCACAAGCGGCGUCGGACGCGGAGUUGAUGAUGCCCGUUACUAACUACAAGCAGGCGUUCUUCGCGAAGAAGUCCAAGAAGGCGAACGAGUGA